AUGAAUAGGAGUGGCGGAGGAGAGAUGAGUAAGUGGCCUUUCACAGUGUCUCAGUGGCAGGAACUGGAACAUCAAGCUUUGAUUUACAAAUACAUGGUCGCGGGUCUUCCUGUGCCUCCUGAUCUCGUCAUUCCCAUUCAGAACAGCUUCCAUUCUAUUUCCCAAACAUUCUUCCACCAUCCCUCUUCCGCCCUGAGUUAUUGUUCCUUCUAUGGGAAGAAGGUGGACCCGGAGCCAGGACGAUGCAGGAGGACUGAUGGCAAAAAGUGGAGGUGCUCCAAGGAAGCCUACCCGGACUCCAAGUACUGCGAGCGACACAUGCACCGUGGCCGCAACCGUUCAAGAAAGCCUGUGGAAUCACAAACUAUGACACAGUCAUCAUCCACCGUGACAUCAUUGACUGUGAAUGCUGGCAGCAGCAGCAGCAGCAGUGGAACUGGAAAUUUCCAGAACCUUACCCCCACAAAUGCAUAUGGUAAUCCCCAAGGCACUGGUUCUGGAACAGACCAAACCCACUAUCAUCUGGAUUCCGUUCCCUAUGGGAUCCCAAAUAAAGAAUACAGGUAUUUUCAAGGAUCAAAAUAUGAUGGUGGUGAACGUAGUUUCUUGUCCAAAACUUUAGGAAGCAACAAGGUUCUCCGCAUGGAGUCACAGCUGGAUACCUCUUUGAUGCCAACAGGAGGACCCUCCUCAUUCUCCACAUUGAGAUCAAAUAAUAAUUCCAUGUUACAGAGUGAUUAUCUGCAGCCUUCUUUCUUAUCUACUGAAUAUGCCUCAGGAGAAACUAUGAAGCAAGAGGGUCAGUCCCUUCAACCUUUCUUUGAUGAAUGGCCUAAAAGCAGGGACUCAUGGUCUGGUCUGCAAGCUGAGAGAUCUAAUCACACAACUUUCUCUUCCACUCAACUCUCAAUAUCCAUUCCUAUGUCAUCAUCAAAUUUCUCUACAACUAGCUCUCAAACCAAACAUGGUGAAAUUUAA